AUGCAGCAAAUCACCAUGACAAAGGGAGGGAAGGCUGGCCUCUUCCUCGCAGCCGCUGCCCUGCGACUCGUCCUCUUCGUCGGCUUCCCGCAACUGCCCGACCUGCUGACUGGCCGCGUUGAGAUCUCGACGCCUGUGACGAGCUUCAAGCGCCUCCAGGAAGGCUUGUUCCUCUACAACCAUAAUGUCUCGCCUUACGACGGCGGCGUCUACCACCAGGCACCCCUCCUCCUGCCGCUCUUCUCCCUGCUGCCCGACCUCAAGGCCUGGCCCAUCUUUGCGUCGCUCCUCUACAUCGUCGUCGACCUCUUGAGCGCCGACGCUCUCGCCAAGAUUGCCGAUUCGGGCGAGGCCGGCGCGUCGAAGCACUUCACGUCACCGCGCCGCGCCACACGCUGGAACGGCGUCGCCGUCGCCGCCGCCUUCCUCUUCAACCCCUUCACCAUUGCCACGUGCCUCGGCCGGUCGACGGGCGUCUUCUCGACCUGCGCCAUCCUUCACGCCAUGGCCAAGGCCAUCGGCGGCGCCCCCGUGAGCGCCGUUGUCGCCCUGACCUUGGCCGGCUACCUCUCGCUGUCGCCGCUGCUGCUCCUGCCGCCGCUCCUCCUCCUCGCCUACGACCGCCAGGCGCCGUCUCGUCGUGUCGCCUCACCCGUGCAGUUCGCCGCCACCCACGCCGCCGUCGCCGGCGCCACGCUCCUCGCGCUCCUCGGCCUCUCGGCGCUCCUGACGGGCGGCUCCUGGGCCUUCCUCGGCAGCACGUACGGCGUGCAGCUGACGCUCUCGGACCUGACGCCCAACGUCGGCCUCUGGUGGUACUUUUUCGUGGAAAUGUUCGACUCGUUCCGCGCCUUCUUCCUCGCCGUCUUUUGGCUGCACCUCGCCUCGUACGUCGGCGGCCUGUCGGUGCGCCUGCGCGCCCAGCCCCUCGCCGCCCUGACCCUGCUGCUCGGCGUCCUCGCCAUCUUCAAGCCCUACCCCUCCCUCGCCGACGCCUCCCUCUUCGCCGCCGCCGUGCCGCUCUACCGCCACGUCUUCCCCCUCAUGCGCUACCCCUUUGUCACCGCCUCGGCCAUCCUCUACGCCUCCUUCCUCGGCCCCGCCUUUUACCACCUGUGGAUCUACGCCGGCAGCGGCAACGCCAACUUCUUCUACGCCAUCACCCUCGUCUGGAGCCUUGCGCAGAGCCUGCUCGUCAGCGACCUCACCUUUGCCAUUCUGCGCGACGAGUGGGAGGUCGACCGCCCCGAGAUGGUCGGCAAGGAGGUCCGUCAGAUUUAG